UCCGCCCUCUCUUCCCCAUACGCCACAGAGACAGCCGGCCGGCCGACGAGCUCCCCCCCUCCACCCGCGCUCGUUCCGCCGAGGACGGGCUUCCUUGCGGCGGCCCAGGACGGGCUUCUCCUCCCACCGCCUCCGCUGAUCUCCGGCGAGCAGGGGCUGUCGUCCUCGUUUAGUGCUUUUGGCGUGUGAGUUCUAACGAAUUUUGGGUCGUGAAGAUCAGUUCAAUCAUGGCGGGGUCUCUUGCCGCCUCAGCAUUCUUCCCAGGUCCAGGAUCUUCUCCAGCAGCAUCAGCUAGAAGCUCCACCGGCGAAUUACCCGAGAAUUUAAGUGUCCGUGGCAUUGUUGCAAAGCCUAACCCACCCCCUGCAGCCAUGCAAGUAAAGGCACAGGCACAGACCCUUCCCAAGGUUAAUGGUACGAAGGUUAACCUCAAGAAGGUGAACCCGGAUGGGGAGGAAACAUUGUCGCAUAGUGCUCCAAAGACAUUCUAUAACCAACUGCCGGAUUGGAGCAUGCUUCUUGCGGCUAUUACAACCAUCUUCCUUGCCGCAGAGAAGCAGUGGACACUUCUUGAUUGGAAGCCAAAGAAACCUGACAUGCUUGUGGACACAUUUGGCUUUGGUAGGAUUAUCCAGGACGGUAUGGUGUUUAGGCAGAAUUUCAUGAUUCGGUCCUACGAGAUUGGUGCUGAUCGUACAGCUUCUAUAGAGACAUUAAUGAAUCAUUUACAGGAAACGGCUCUGAACCAUGUAAGGACUGCUGGUCUUCUUGGCGAUGGUUUUGGGGCUACACCGGAGAUGAGCAAACGGAACUUGAUAUGGGUCGUCAGCAAAAUCCAGCUUCUUGUUGAGCAAUACCCAGCAUGGGGUGAUACAGUUCAAGUGGACACAUGGGUUGCUGCUGCUGGAAAAAAUGGCAUGCGUCGAGACUGGCAUGUUCGUGACUACAACUCUGGCCGAACAAUCUUGAGAGCUACAAGUGUUUGGGUGAUGAUGCACAAGAAAACAAGAAGACUUUCAAAAAUGCCGGAUGAAGUUAGGGCUGAAAUAGGCCCAUACUUCAAUGACCGUUCAGCUAUAACAGAGGAGCAGAGUGAAAAAUUAACCAAGACAGGAAACAAAGUUGGUGAUGAUGCUACAGAGCAAUUCAUAAGAAAGGGGCUCACUCCUAGGUGGGGUGACCUUGAUGUCAAUCAGCAUGUGAACAAUGUUAAAUAUAUUGGGUGGAUCCUUGAGAGUGCUCCAAUUUCAGUCCUGGAGAAGCAUGAGCUUGCAAGCAUGACCCUGGAUUACAGGAAGGAGUGUGGUCGAGACAGCGUGCUGCAAUCACUUACCACCGUGUCAGGGGAAUGCACCAGCAUUGGCACCGAGAAACAGGCUUCUGCCAUCCAGUGCGACCAUCUUCUUCAGCUCGAGUCUGGAGCUGACAUUGUGAAGGCACACACAGAGUGGCGACCAAAGCGAUGGCAUGCAGUAGCUGAGAAUGCGUAAACAAACCAAUGAGAAUCUAUUGGAGGGAGAAUCAAGCUUCCCUUGCCUUGUAGCCCUGAAGCUGAUUGAAGUGUGAGAUGUAUUCUGUAAAAAAUUAGUAGUUUCCAUAGUGUGAGGUUGGAGAGGUUGUGGUGCUUGCCUACUGUACCUGCUACAUCUAUUAUUUCUUGAUUCUUUGUUCCCUUUUUUUUUUCUUCACCUUUUCUUUUUGUAUUUAACCCCUGUGGAGAGAAGACCGGUCAUGCGUGUGGAAGAGGUUGUUUCAAUCGUCUAAUUGAUUCAACUAUUCAGCAAACUGAAGUAAAUUGCUCCCUGGAAAUUUG